AGAAACCCAAAUGCUCAAUGUUCUCCGUAGAGAGAGUGUUUGCACAGAGCUUAGAGAUGGGCCACCGCUGCUGCAGCAAACAGAAGAUCAAAAGAGGACUAUGGUCUCCUGAAGAAGAUGAAAAGCUUCUCAGAUAUAUCAACACUCAUGGACAUAAAAGUUGGAGUUCUGUGCCAAAAUAUGCAGGAUUGCAGAGAUGUGGCAAGAGUUGCAGGUUGAGAUGGAUUAAUUAUCUUAGGCCGGAUCUCAAGAGGGGUUCCUUCACUGCUGAAGAAGAGCAGAUCAUAAUUGAUAUUCAUAGAAUUCUUGGAAACAGAUGGGCACAGAUUGCUAAACACCUACCAGGAAGAACAGACAACGAGGUCAAGAAUUUCUGGAACUCAUGCAUAAAAAAGAAGCUCAUUUCUCAAGGGUUAGAUCCACAAACCCACAAUCUUCUAUCUUCUCAUAGAAGAAGCUCAGCAUCUACCAUCUCCAAUAUGCAUAAAAAAUCCAAUUCCAUCUUCAUUAUGAGUUCACACACACCAAAUGCACCAGUGGAAACUACUUUUCAAACCUUUUCUUCAUUACCUAAACCUCCACCAAACAUUGUUCAAACUCCCUCUACCAUUGUUACAUCUGAAUAUCAAACAUCAGCUAUUGUUUCAAAUAAAUUCUCGUCAGAUUUGCCUUAUGAUCUGUUAGUCAACAACGGCUCCAACAUUUGUUCACCUUCAUAUAUGAACCCCACUGCAGUUGAAUUGUCGAACAAUGAAAACAUUGCCAAUUGGGUUUCAAGAGUAAAUGUUGAUGAUUUCAGCGGUCAAACACUUGAAGAGGUAACACAAGUGCAGGUGCAGCAAGAGAAGGACAAGAUCUGUGAGGAUACUGUAACUGAUGUGAGAGAAGCUAACAAGGACAAUCUUGAAAGAAGUGUUUCUUUCGAGAGUUCUAACUUUGAUUUUGGGUUGCUGGAGAGUGUACUUUCCUCCGAAUUUAUCUCUCAUGAUCUUAGUUGUAUGGAUGAACUUGCAUGGAACUUUUAGACCAUACUUCAAAUAUUUUCAUCGUUUAUGUA